AUGCUUCUACCUCGAAGGUGGAUUCGCCAAUUAAGUUAUGUGGCGGGAUUCCUCGUGUUUGCGCUGUUUCUCGUGCUUGUGGCCAACAAGAACCGCAUCAUCCACUUGGAUCACUUCAUCUCUGGCGAUUUGGUUCCCCAGUUCUUCCAGCCACCUUCUGACGCAUAUGUGGUUGACAUCUCUAUUGGCUCGUGUAGCUUCUUGAAUAUAAAGUCACCCACUUGCGGUGAACCCGAUAAAUCCCUGGGUUUAUAUGGUGAUGUCCCAGAAGGUCAGUGGACUAAAGUUGAUAAAGACUUGCUACUUGGGAGACUGUGGGUGAGCAAAAGACAUCUCUACUCCAAGCUUAUCAAGCCGGAUUUCUUUGAUACCCAGAAGAACCCACGAACGGUCCAUUUGGUUUGGGUAGGUACCAAAAAAGAUUGCACAAUUAAAGGUAAUAAAGAUUGCAUUCCGGAAGAGGUGAUUCGGGACUACAUGAAAACGCAUCCUUUCGACGAUGAUGGCUACAAGUAUUAUCUUGAUGUCAAUAAGGACGAGAAGUUGCAUGUUGACACCGACAAGUCCAAAUCUGCUCAUAAGUACAAUGAGGACUACAAGUUGAAACAGGGAGAAAAAUUGAGCGAGAACGAAGUCUCAGACACUCCCAAAGAGGCUGAAGAUCUUAAAGAUGCUACUGUUGAAGAUCUCAAAGAAGUUCCAGACUCUAAGUUGGACCAGGACCAGUACGAAACGGAACCAGAGAACAAUGACCAAGUGUACGGUGAUGAAGCCCCCGAUGAUGUGGCCACCGAAAUGGCCAAUGAUGUUGCAAACGAGAAGCGCAAUGGAGCUGAAAAGCAUCUUGUUCGUCGUCAGAAAGAAACCUCCCGUCACAAACUCAAAGAUUACAUGUCAAUUCCAACCUUGAAAAAGCUCAAUGAGGCGGGGUGGGAAUCCAGAGGAAAUGGUAUCUGGGUCAAGUACGGGCCACCAGGCUUGCUGUCGGUCACAGGCAUUGAUGUCCUCUACGGCACCGAUGCUAAGGACCCUCGUCCAAACUGGAAUUUGUUGCCCAAUCCCAUUCUAGAUACUGGCGCAGUUCCCCAUUUGUUACCACGCCUCUCCUUCCGUGUUGGUCCUCGCAUGGACUACAAGAAGUUGUUUAAGAAGGACUUGAAGUUCCGUAAGGAUGGAAGUUUCAAGAUUUUGCAAGUGGCAGACCUUCAUUUUUCCACAGGCGUCGGUAAAUGCAGAGACCCAGUGCCAAUCGAAUCGCAAGAGGGUUGCGAGGCUGAUCCUCGUACCCUCAAGUUUAUUGAAGCAGUUUUGGACAUCGAAGAUCCAGAUUUCGUGGUAAUGACUGGAGACCAAGUGUUUGGCCAGGCAGCACCAGAUCCCGAAACAGCUUUAUUCAAGGCAGUUAUGCCUUUCGUCAAGAGAAAGAUACCUUAUGCGAUUACGAUGGGAAACCACGAUGAUGAGUCGAAUCUUUCACGUGAACAGAUGAUGCAGCUAGCAAGCUCGCUUCCAUACUCCGUGGCUGGCGUUGGUCCGGAUGCCGUGGAUGGUUAUGGUAACUACGCGGUCACCGUGGCUGGUAGCAAGAACCGGGGUGUUUCGGCAGCAUUCUAUUUCUUGGAUAGUCAUAGCCGCUCGAAGCAUCCAAAAACAAAUCCUGGCUACGACUGGUUCAAGGAGUCUCAGAUUGAUUGGGUUGGGAUGGAGGCUGAAUCGCUUCUAGCACAUAAGGACAAGAAGGAGUUACUCAGCAUGGCGUUCUUCCAUAUCCCGAUCCCCGAGUACCGCAAAGUUGAAAAUAGACCCAUGGUGGGCCAGCUCCGUGAGGGAGUCACCGCUCCUUUAUUUCACUCGGACAUGCGCUCAGCUUUCAGCCAAGCAGGAAUUCAGGUAGCAACUGUUGGCCAUGACCAUGCUAAUGACUACUGUGUGUUAAAUCCAGAUUCGGAAAACUCCGAAUUCAAGCACACCAUGUGGUUGUGCUAUGGUGGUGCUGUUGGUGAAGGUGGAUAUGGAGGCUACAAUGAGUACAUUCGGCGAAUGAGAGUCUACGACCUUAAUGAGGUAGGUUGGUCGAUCGAUACAUGGAAACGAGCCGAAAAUAACCCCGGCGAACUUUUUGAUAAGCAAAGAGUUGUUGAAACUGGUUCUGCCGUGGAUCACGUGUAA